AAUAAAUUAUUGUUACAGUAAGCGCAGUUUUUCUAUUUGAUGACGUAUGUCAAUAUAGCAUCAACGACGAUCAACAUGGGGGGCUGUGAGGAAAGCUGCGGAUUUUAUUUUAUUUUUUCCCUCUUUACGUUUUUCGUGUGGAUGGAUCUUAGUUUUUUCGGUGAGUUAGCUGAUCACGGGUCUCUUUAUAACGCCUCUAGUGCUAAAUACAUGAUGUUCCCAGUCAAAACUGUCAAACUACGAAUGCAGGAUCACACCAGUCAUUAUAUCAACCUUCCUUUGAUGGAACUGGCAGAUGAAAGAAUGGGAAUUUCUAGUUUUCCCGGUGUAACUCCUAACCUGAUAAGUGGUGUUCAUUUAUUUGCUGCUGUAGUAGCAGCAAAGUGCAUGAUAUCAGGCAGUCUUUGUGUUCGAAGGCUAGGAGUGCUUUUGUACGAGAUUCGCUAUCAACUUGACAUAUUGGACGGCGUGGUAUUUCGUGCUCAAACUGAUAAAAAGAAUAGUUACGAGUCAGGCUUUGGUUCGUUCGGAUAUCUUAUAGACGCAUUCAGUGAUAUGUGCGGAGGGAUACUUAUGGCAACAGCUUGUACCCUAUUUCUAUGGCAUUUUCCUCCUGUAAAACGAGUUCGAGUCGUAUCUUUUGGCAGUGAUUUUAGAGAUCAAGAACUCGGCAGAAAGGCGAUAUUAAACGAGUGCUCACGUGAAGGAGAACAACUUGUUCACUGGAAUCGACCUGCGGUGGUGGUAAGAAUGGUAGCAGCGACUGUUCAAUUGAUUAUGAGGAGUGCACUAUGGGACUUCUACCUAAGGUCCUAUGUUCAGCUUUUUGAGUCAAGAAAUUCAAAUAUACCCAAGGAUCUUCAGAUAGAAGUGUUGAACUAUCGCUUUACUUGGCUGGUGUUCUGGUUAUGGAAAGUGUCAAGUGCUGAUGCCGUUAUACAGUUCACCUUGAUGGCUAUUCUCUUUGACAAACUAUGGACAUGGGUUCAGAUCUUGAUUUCUUUAGGAUUUAUUCAGUUGAUAACAGUUGUGCUGAUAUCACAACUCCACUUAAUAGAGGUCAGAGCAUACCUUUUAGUAUAACCAUCAAAACAUGGAAAGACUGAAGAACAUAGAUGGAAGAGCAUACCUUUUAGUAUAACCAUCAAAACAUGGAAAGACUAGAUAGACUUUAAUUUGAUUAGAUUGCAUUUAUUCACAUUGAUAGGAUUGAUAUUAUUUGGUAAUUAAUA